AUGGCUAAAAUUCCAGGUGCAGGUAGCAAUAGUAACAGCACUCAACUCUCACCCACAUUCCUUCCUGUACCCUCUGCAGGGGCUGGUGGUGUCCUGCAGGCUGGUUUGAUUCCCCCACUGGUCCUGAAGAUGCAGACAGAGUUGGAUGAGAUCCAGGAGCUCAUCCUUGGUACCCUCUCCAACUGUCUCCGUGUGGAGGUUUCUGAAGCCCUGGCAGCUGGUGCUGUUCCUGUGCUGAAGGAAAAGCUCUCACACCCCUCCACAGCCAUCAGGAGCAAAGCAGCCUGGGUCCUCUUAGAAAUCAGUUCUCACGCCGAGGGGAAAAUCGAGGUGUGCAAAGAAGAGGUGAUUCCUGUGCUGCUGAGCCUGUUGGAAGACACACAGCCCGAAGUUCAAGUUAGCUCAGCAGGAGCACUGAUGUUUGCUCUUGUUACACCUCAGGGGAGAUCCUCAGCCAUGGGUGCUGAAGCCAUUCCACCUUUACUGACGCUGGUUGCUGAGGAAACCAGCAAAGCGCGUUUGAAUGCAAUCAAAACCCUCACCCUGCUGGCUGAGCUGCCAGAGGGCCGCCAGACACUGCUGGAUCACAGGGACACAUUUCAGAGGUGUCUGGAUGAUCCCAGCGAGGCCGUGCAAAGAGCUGCCGAAAUCGCCAUCGCCGUGAUCGACUGGAAACCCUCCUGCAGCCGCGAUCUUUUCUAGACAUCUAUUGCCCUCUGUUGUUGUCUGGCUGUAAAAGGUACAUGAUUACGUGAGACCUUCAACACCAGAGCUCCCUUCCUCACUUACUCUGGAUCAGUUUCUCCUGCAAAGUUAUCUGGCAACAGUUUCACAUAUAUAUUGCAGGUCACAAGCAGAAAAAUUGAAAAGAAAAGUUAGGAAGUGUGGAAUUCCCCACUAGGAGUUACUGCCCAAAUUACCAAGAUUUUCCUAUGAUACAAGACAUGAACCCUUUUUGGUUUCUUCAUAAUGUUCUGUCCUUUUUUGGUUUUAAACCUCAGCCUAUCAAACACUUAUCAGCAAUUAAUUGUAUUAGAAAGGUUCACAAUUAACCCCUC